AGAGCUCCGCCCCUCCUGCGGGGUGGACCUCGGUCGGUUCCGCUGGCUCCCAGCCUCCCUGCUAGACCCACGGGGACGCUGCGGGAUUUGGCACCAUGUCUGUAUCGAGGCUGGCUCGGUUGCUCGGCUGCGUUCCGGCCACCGCGUGGAGAGCGGCAAGAUCACCCCUCUCAUGUCAUUCUGUGAGGAAAAUGAGUUCUGAAGGAGAAAAAUCCAAACCUAUCAAACAAUCUCUUAAGAAGCCAAAGUUACCAGAAGGUCGUUUUGAUGCACCAGAAGAUUCUAAUUUAGAGAAAGAACCACUGACAAAAUUCCCAGAUGAUAUUAAUCCUGUUACCAAAGAAAAAGGUGGACCCAGAGGCCCAGAACCUACCCGAUACGGAGAUUGGGAACGAAAAGGACGCUGUAUUGAUUUUUAAGACACAUAUAUUAUUAACUUCAGUAUCUUUUUCUGAAUAUGUAGAUCCGAAUUUAUUUCCACUUGUUUGCUUUCUGUAUAUCCUUUAAAUCAUUUAAUUUCUAUAAUGUGUUUAAAAACAUAAAUAAUGCCUUGAAAGAAAAUAUGCUGCUAUAAAGUAAGAAAGUGUAGUAAAAAAAAAAAAAGUAAGAAAGGGGAAAUAGUUCUGUAUUAGCACAUUAAUUUUACUUUAAGUAAAUUGGAGUAUAUAAAUGAUGGUUAGAGCUGCAAACUCAUUUCAUCACAUUUCAGUUUAAUCAGCUGCUUACAAAACGCAAAUGUAAAUAAAACAAGUUUUAAUGAUUUUUAUUGCCACAUGCUAGGUAACAGUGACUUUUUAUGUGUGAGUUAAGUAAUACAUUAUAGUUUGGUAAGGCCAUAGUAACAACAGAAAAUCUAACUCAGACCAGAUUACUUGGGUUCAGAUCCUGACUCUGCUACUUAUUAGCCAUGUGAUCUUGGAAACGUUAUUUAACUUCUCUAUACCUCAGUUAUCUUCAUGUAUAAAUUGGAGUUAAUACUAGUUCUACCUCAUAGGGUAGUGGGAAGAUAUUUAAAUGAGUAAGUACAUGUAAACCACUUGGAACAGUGCGUAGCACAUACUCUCACUGUAAGUGUAGCUGUCCUUCAAUUUUAAAUGUAUUUUUCCAAAUCUCUAGGCUUUCUGUGGGGAAAUAUUAAGAAACCAAGUUUGGAAUACUUGAACUGAAAUUGUUUUAUAUGAAUAUAGCAUUAAAAAUCAUUACUUGGAAAAUUAGUGAUUUUUUGCAUGGAUGAACUGAGCUGAAAUACAUACUAGUUUGUUAAACAUAAAAUUUAGAUACAGAGGGUCAAUAAAAUUUAGAUACAAAGCAGAGGAUGAAAUGGGCCAGCUUAGUCAGUUUUGAUGACUCAAAAGCUCUUCUGUUGUGGCCUUUGGAUAACUGGGUCAUGAAAAAGUCAUAUCCAGUUUACAGCUGUGGAAUGAAGGAAGACUUGGAAACUGCUGGGCUCGCCUAAGGCAUCCUUCCCCUGGCUUUACUCAGUCCCAGAGAUUGAACCUUCAGCCCCCAGGCUACACUUAAAUUACCUAGGAAGAAAGGGUUUUCAGGGUCUGUAGAAGACAAUGCAGUGGGCUGAUAAUGCUGGGAUAUGACUUAAAGUGCAAUAUUACUUGGGAAAAUUGUAGGCGUUUUAUGCGAGAAUAUAAACUUUCUUAAAAGUGUAUUCUCCUCAGAAACAAACUAAGUGGUGUGGUAAUUGGGUCUAGUCAUUCGGUCUUUGUAUCGGUUCUCUCUCUCUCAGUCAACAUGUGUCCUAAUGGCAGUUACUGUGUAUGCUGCUGAGUAAUAACCACAUUCCUUUAAAAACAUUCCGUCAUUUAGUCAUCGUUCAGUUAGCCCACAUUAGUGAAAGUUUUUAUUAGGUUAACGUUCCAGAAGUCCUUAUGUCAAAUUAUCUUGUAUAGUUUCACCUGUGUGUGGUAAGUGAUACAGGAGAGACAACUUAGAUACUUCAAAAACUAAUACAAAAUAUGUAACAACUGGAA